UCAUUAACAUAUAUAACGAGGAAUAGAGUUGAUUGGUAAAUAUAAAGCUAAUAUUUUUUUGUUAAUUUUAAAUGUAGCUAAAUUUGAAACACUUAUUAGUAAUUUUAUAUAUUCAAUUUCGUGUUUUCGUGAAUAAAGAUUUGUUUAUAAACUUAAACUAGCAAAUAUGGCGGCGAGAUAUCUUCUUUUGCAACGAUAUUGAUAUGGUAAAGUUUGUCUAUUUUUUUUUUUUUUUAUAUUUAUUUCUUAGGUUCUGUGGUAUAUUUUUCUUUGCUUGAAACAAUAGCUCAGCGACCCGAUAAAAGACAGAGAAACAUAAGUUUGAUUAUGGCAACCGAACAAAAACGAAUGCAGGUUUGUGUAGUUUUCAAGAUACACUGACGAAAGACCAUGGCGACAACGGGGACAGAAAAGCAUGCUCGUCUCGUCAUUAGCUUGAUGAAGGGCGGAACAAAACUAACAAGGCGGUUGUUCGAAAUACGUGUAUCUGAACUAACUCCAACGGACUAUAUUCAAUCGCCGUGGACAGUCGAUCAAUUUUUAGUUUCAAACAAAGGCAAGAUUCUUGCAAAUGACGCAGGCAGAAAGAAAGAAAAGACUUACUUUCCUGGUAUUUUAGAUAAGACAAAUCUUAAUCACUGGGAUUUGAGUAUGUUUUGUCAUGUUCUGUUGGAGGCAUGCGAACUUGAUCCAGAAACGGGAGUGGAUGUACGUGAACUUCGGAAACUUCGAAACAAACUAAGUCACUUGAGCGAACCUAGUCUAGAUGAUGUGAAAUAUAAUUUAAAUAUGAAUAAACUAGAGGUCAUAUUUCGGAGAACACUGAAGAAAAUAGGAGACGGUAAUCUCGAUGAUGAAAUCAUAGGAAUACUGAAUUCAUCAAAAAAUGGAGAACUUUCUCUUUCCGAUGCAUAUAAGGAAAUAUAUAAAUUUUUUCAAAUGGAGGGAGAAAUUAGGGAAGUGCUUUCUGAACACACUAAAGAUCAUAAGGCCAUACUUGAUAAACUGGACAUUAUCGUUGAGCAGACAAAAAAUACUGACGGAGCAGCUAUAGAAUUGCCAGAAACUGAUGUUGUAAUAUUGGUGAAAAACUGCAAUACAGAAAAGGAGAAGCGUUUAUCCGAAUGCUUGCAAAAGCUCAUAGACGAGAAUAUAAAUAAGCAAACUACACUCGCAGAUGAAAUGUCAAACGAGUCCUUUCACAAACUGAGGGAAGCAGUGGAUCAGGCUGUGAAGACAUUUUUUUCAAAUGGGCGGUCAAUCACAAGCACUGAAAGUAAAUGCGUUUUAUUGCGGGUCAGAUGCUUGUCAUUGAAACACUUGGUGAACUUGUUUCGAGAUUGCAUCAGUGGAAAGCUGAAUGAACAAGUGCAGCCACUAGAGGCAGCGGUGAAAGAGAUUCCAGAAUUUGAAAACAUCACGUUAGAGGUCGCUAUUUAUACAGAUGAAUUUUGGAAGGUUAUCGAAAAGACUGUUUCAGUAGUUGAGGGCUAUGUAUCUACUUCGCAAGCAAAUACGAGAAGUGUUGUAACGACUGAAAGGAAGCAAUCGGACUGUGGUAUGUCCCAUGCCGUGAAAAUAUCAAUACCUACCAUUUCAUAUCGACAACUUCAGACUCUGAGAGAAUCAUUUGAAUCUGGCCGAGUUACAGAGAAUAUGAAUAAUAUCCAGAAAGCUGCAUGCAUGGAUUUGUGUCUAACAAAUAUUUCGAUUGAAGCUGAGCUCGUUGAAACACCUUCUAUAACAGCAAAUUCCUCUUUACCAGCAGUUUCGCCUCCAGACCAGAUGAUUUGUCCCAGUAUCGGAACCAGCUACAAAACCUUCAAGGCGAAGAAGACAAAAUCGAAACGAAGAAAAAGAAAAUUUAGUACGGAGCCUGUUGCGGGCCUGCCAGUAAAUGUGAGUACAGCAGUUACACAUGUAUCAGAUCUAUCUCGUACACACACCUUGCAAGCUAAAACAGAAAUAACAAUGAUGAAAGAGGUCGGAACAAAACAGACAGCAAUAUCUAGAAUUCAUGAUGAGAGAAAUUUACCGUCAGUAGAGGAAAACGACACGAAAGCUGGAAGCAAAGCUAUGUUACGGUUUUCAACGAAAGAGCCUGCCAAACCAAUUCUGUCUCCUCAUCAAUACAAUGUUACCGGAGCAAGCACUGACAAACCUGUUUCAAGGUCUUUUAGUUGUGGGUCUUUUGACAGCUUUUCACAUGCAGACGAUUCCGGUUUUGGAACGGAUAUGAAAGCGUCCUCUAGCAUCUUUGAUUCACAUACAAUAAGCGAAAUGUUUACAAGUGACGAGGUCCAGUCAAUUUGUUCAUACUCAUCAGAUGAAGAGGCUGACAUCGAAAAAUAUGUCCCAGCAGAAUUAGAGGCUACAGCAGAAAACUCUAAAGUUGAAAUUCUUGAAACUGUCGAGAAAAAAUUAGAUAUAGCUAAUAGCGAAGUUUGUGACGAAGUUUUAAUACAACAUGGCAUUAAGCUGAACGAGUCAUUUAUGAUGCAGUUUAGGUCUAAAACCAGCAAAUAUCCAGCAUUUUAUCAGAAGUUCAAGGACCCUGAAGAGUUGAAGCAACUUACAGUUUUAAAUCCAAAUCUAUACAUACCCUGCAUAAUACAUUUAGAAGGAUCACAUGAAGCGUAUUGUACACCGACGUGCAAAAUGUCAGGAGAAUAUUUAGGUAGGAUUGAAAUUUCUGGAAGAACAAAGAUAGGUCAAGCAUACAACGAAGAUGAAGUAGUCGUUGAGUUACUUGAUGACAAAAAUAAAAAAGAGAAACGGUACGGAAAAGUACUAGGUGUUAUUAGAAGGCACCGGUGUCAGAAUAAAGCCAUUAAGCAUCCCGUUUUCCUGUGCACGCCGGAUGACGCAGAAAGCCACAUUCUCCGCCCAAUGUGUAAAACAGUGCCAAAGAUACAUGUUAUACAUGACCUCAUAAAGCAGAGAUACAAGACGCAAAAGGCAAUGCGAUUCAAAGUAGAAAUAUAUGAAUACGAUGAACGUGCGGAAAUUUUGAGUAAUCCUAGAAUUGAAACGCUCAGUCAUGCUGAAAUUCAUUCAUGUGUCUUCUUGGUAGCAAUCAUUUCGUGGGAACUCAAUCAAAUCUAUCCUAGAGGUGCCAUCAUUAAGCGAUUUCCAUGUGGCGAUACUAUAUCGUCAGGUUUAGCUAUUUUAGACUUAAGAUAUGAGGUCACAAAACUAUUCAGCAAAGAAACGGUAGAGGAAAUGGUCGCGAUAACUGAGAGCAACAGAGAAAGAGACAUAAUCGAUAUGGAUGAGGAGUACAUGCAAGAUAAAACGAAUCUACGUACCUUUACCAUUGAUCGUCACGAUGUUAAAGAUUUAAACUAUGCGUUUAGUUUAGAAAAAGUCGACAAUGGUUGCAAAGUUGGUGUGCAUAUAUCAGACGUUUCCAUGUACAUCAAGAAAGAUUCACCAAUUGAUAAAGAUGCCUACAAAAGAGGUUUGACAGUUCAUUCGGGCAUCGGUUCAUCAAGGUAUAUGUUACCGGAGCAAAUAACCUUCGAAACUUGCAGUCUCCUAAAGAACAAGAAGAGACCGGUUAUUUCGAUAUACCUGUUUCUAAAUAACGAUGGGAGGCAACUGCAAACUACAAAACACAAUUAUCUGAUUGAAUUGUCUUUUAUAAGAUGCUGCGAGAACCUUUCAUACGAAGAGGCUCAACAUAUUAUCAACAAAGGAGAUGAUGAUGACAGCAAUGAUGAACUUAAAAAUGAUUUAAAGUACCUUUUUCGACUGAUGUAUUCAGCAAGAAAGCUACGCUUAGGCAGAUCAAUGUGCAUCUUAAGCGAAAGUGAAAUCGAAACAGAAGAAUGUCGAAAAGAAACUAUUGAAACACAAUGCUGUGUCGAGGAAUUAGUGAUAAUUGUGAACAAGAAAGUAGCAGAGGUAAUGUCUAGACAUAAUAUAAGCAUACCAGUAUAUACACAACAAGCUCCAUCAACGAAAGAUUUGGAAACAUUUUGCCAAAAAUAUGGAAGUUAUUUGGACGUCUUAGUUCAUUUUCAAAAUAGACAAAUAAGCCCAUUCAAAAAGCCAAUGUUUGAGGACGCUUUGCAGUCAGAUGUACCACAAAAGGUGAUGGUAACAAAUGCUGUUUGGGAAACAAUAAAGGCAUUGUCUGGACGAGAGACGAUUCUUGACGACAAUUUACAUCCCGUGCAGUCCGUGAUAUACGCGCAGUGGCUUUCUAUACAGAACACCUCAAACUACCGUUGUUCAAGUGCUGGAGGUGAAGAAAUAAAAAACUUUAGCCAUGGAUUCGAUGUCUAUACGCACUGUACAUCUCCAACAAGAAGGUAUACAGAUAUUAUUGUUCAAAGAAUGUUGCACUUUUACCUGAAACGGCAUGAAAUUCAACAAAUUCAUACAGCGAGUGAAGUAGAGGAAAUAUGUCUGCACGUAAAUUCUGUUGGAGGAAAUGCUAUUCAUAAGAAUUACAAAAGGAAUCCAAGAAUUAGUAAAAACAUGCGAUACAGAGGUAUCUUCACUCUUCUAGACAUGGGAUUUAAACCAGUAUUAACUGAAGAUAGAGUAACAAAACUGGAAUGCGUGAACUGUAAAUGGAGGAAACGCCUGUUUGACAUAAGAAAACAACCAACUGUCAUUUCAGAUAGGGCAAAUGGGAAGCAGAAUAAAUGUUGUGAAAGUGCUGAUGAACCGAACGUCACAUUACAGAGUCUAAACCCUUACAGAGAGGUUAAAUUUAUCAAAUUACAGCAAUGGGCUAGGCUUGUGAAAAACGCGGCAGAUAAUUAUCAAAAGGACUUAAAAAGAAAUAUCAGACAAGUUACGGCUCAGACAGAAAACAGUGGCUUAGAUGAUGUUUCUACGGAAUGUACAGAGUCUUCCAAGAUGCAAGCUAAUACGAUAUUUUCACAUUUGUUUCAUAUCGGACAGCCUAUGAAUGUUCAAACGUUUGCAAAACCAAGACAUGGUAUAAUUGUACCUCAGCCGAUGCUAAUGGAAAUGACUGACAGUGUUAAACUAUGUCUACAACACACUGAUGAUCCAGUUUUACAUUUGGCAAAGUAUAGUACAGAGCCUACUCUUGACCAGUAUGAAAGCAAGAAAAAGUAUGCAAGCAAGUGGUUACCCAUAGUCUUAAUGGAAUCGGCUGUAAAUGCUGUAAGUAACGAAGAAGGAUGCAUUAUCAAUAAUGUCCUGGUAAAGGUUGAAAAUGAAACAAAAGGAAGUUUGAUGCUUCCAGUAAACUUUUGUGAGGAAAGGAAUAUAGAGUUGUCAGGGUCACCAGACAGAAUUUUCGGUGAAGAAGAUGAAAGUCGUGUGUUUGACUGGUUAUGUAUUAAGUGUAAAGGGUCUAAAUUCCAGUCACAAGCUGACAAAAGGUUAAUUCCAGAGGUUUGGGUUGGCCAUGCAGAAGUAACAGAUAUAAGUUUGAAAAAUGAAGACACAUAUGGAAAAGCUGAAGCGGUGUUUGUCAUUUCGUUUACGCUUCAUGAAAAAACUGAACGAUUCAGGAAGGAAGCUAUCGGAAGAAAAGAGUAUGAUAAUGUAUGCAGCAUAGAAAUCCUAAAAAAAAGUGAGGUUGACCGGAGAAUAGAGAGCUACUUAAGGAUUUUGGCUGACCAGAAUGAUGAACAUGUGUUAGCUGUAAAUGUUGCUCUAAAACGAAAACUAAAGCCUCUAGGUAGGGGUCAUAAGCAGUUAUCAAAUAUGAUCGAACGUGAUCUGUAUUUCUCGAAUAAUAGUAAAGAUCCGAAGUCGAAAGCGCUUCCGAAGAAUAACUUAAAACAACAAGAAGCAAUAGACAUGGCGCUAAGAAACCAAUUUACCCUUAUUCAAGGACCACCAGGCACUGGCAAGACAUACACAGGAAUUAAGUUGAUAUAUCUUUUUAACAAGAUCAAUGACAUCUGGUCCAAAGAAGGAAAUCCGAGAUAUCAAGUUCUUUUCUGUGGGCCGUCAAAUAAAUCGGUUGAUUUAGUUGCAAGAUGGAUGCUUCAUAGAUUGGGAAAUUACCGGCCUGACUUUGUGCGUAUUUAUGGAAGAGCAACAGAAGUAGAAGACUUUCCGAUACCUGGAGUUUCAUACCAAUCAAGAGGUAACAAGAUACACACAGCAGAUGAUGAUCUACAAUCCGUUACCUUGCAUCAUUUGAUACGCAAAAACAGAAGCGAAACAUGCAAGAAAAUCAAUGAGAUGGACAGAAAAUUCAAAACGAUGAUCGGCAACCGCGAAAAGCCAGAUUCAAAGACUCUAAAAUCCUAUAUGAAACUUUUGGCAAAAGCAUCCAAGGACGAAAUCAAGAAACAUCAUGUUAUCUUGUGCACUACUGGUUUCGGUUCAAACCCGACACUUCUAAAGGCUGCAAAUGUACACCAGGUAAUUAUUGAUGAAGCUGGAAUGUGUCCAGAGCCCCAGUGCAUGGUUCCACUCAUCGCGACGAAAGCCAAACAAAUUGUAUUGAUAGGUGAUCACAAGCAGCUAAGACCAAUUGUAAAGUGUAAGGCAGCUGCUGAGCUGGGCCUUGACAAGUCAUUGUUUGAAAGAUACGCAACAACUAAAGAAAGCAUAGCCCCGUUCAUAAUGCUUGAUGAACAAUACCGCAUGCAUCCAAGCCUUUGCGAGUUCCCAUCACAACACUUUUACAAAGGCAAGUUACGUACAAUGCGAGGACGGUGGCAAUAUGAAAGGAGAAAUAUUUGGCCAACGGACCAAACGGGACAAGAAGAGUAUCCUCAUAUACUGCUACAUGUUGAAGGAGAUGAAGCGGUUCUCACAGUAAAUACGGACGAGGGAAAUGAACAGUCCCGAAGCAAUAUAAAGGAGAUUAAUCAAGUUGUAAAAGUUUACAGAUAUCUGAUCGAAGAAAAUAUCUCCCCUCGGGCGAUCAACAUUAUAUCACAAUAUAAUGCACAGUGCAGUGAAAUGAAAGAAACUUUAAAGAAAGAGGGAUUCACAAAUUACCUUGUCAACACUGUCGUGUCUAGCCAAGGAGGAGAAUGGGACUACGUGAUUUUCAGUACCGUUCGUUCUUUGCCUGAGUAUAAAAUUGAGACAAACUCGACCAUUGGAUGGCGUAAACACAAUCUAGGAUUCAUAACAGACACAAAUCAGAUCAACGUUGCUUUAACAAGAGCACGAAAGGGACUUAUAAUCAUAGGUAAUAAGAACCUUUUAAAAUGUGACCCGGUUUGGAAAAAGCUAGUGAGUCAUUAUGAACAACGUAAAUGUGUGAAAUAUCCUGGCGAAUUCCCACCUAAGCGAACGCGACAGCAAAAUAUGGACGAAGCACAAGCACGUAGUUUUGAAAGAUAUGGAGGCACCUUGCAUGAAACACAAACAGAUAACAAAAGAGCCGGUUAUGAUUCGAUGGGCGCAAUUCCAAAAACUGGGCCAAAAUAUAAAAUGUCACCCACAAAGGGAAAUUUAAAAGCUCCCAAAAUGCUACCUGCAGAUCGACUGUCCUUAACAUAUGACGAAUGGCCGUGCCUUAGACGUGAAACUAGAGUAUCUACAAGAAAAACAGCGACAUCGUUCCAUCUCCAAGAGCCAUCGUUAAUUUCCACGUCUUCCGUUAGCAGUUCUUUGGUUGAUACAGAUAAUUCUGUAGAAGAAGAGGAGGAUAAUGAAUGGAAAAUUGUUUAUCGUCGUAAACCGCCUAAAAAAUAAAAAAAACACAAUAAGCGGUUAUUAGCAGUUAACUAGUGAUAAUGAUAUAUUAACAUUGAAAAGGCAUACAAAAAUAUUUAAAAGAAAACUGAUAUCACCAAGCGGCAAAAUGAAUAUUUCUAAAAAGUUCUUAUCAGAACAAAAUGAUCUUCAAAUUCUUGUGCUUCAUUGUAGAGUUAAUAUAAGGAAAUAAUAACAUUAGAACAUGCUGAAGGAAAUCAAUGAGUGACCACGCAUCCGUUUAUACAGAUUGAUAUAUUUAUAUUUAUCUAUUUCCUACGGAAGAAUGUCAGGGAUGUAACUGUGAUCAUGUCAGUGUGUUCAAACAUUUAUUUUGUAAUGAUUUAUUUGCCUGUGGCUAUUAAGUCUUAAUAUAGAUAAUUUCAAUCCGGUAUCCGUUCCGACCAUAAGAGUGCUAAGACUUCAGCGGAUAUUUAAGCAUGUUCGUGAAAUUACAUGAAGGAAACCCACGAGUCGAAACUAAACAGGUAACACUCUUAUAAGAAACCAGAAUUAUGACCACUUCUCAAGUCUCCGAGACGGCAGGUUUUUUGAUUUUGGAUUAUAAAAUAACAGUAUAUUUAAUUUCAACUGUAUCAGAUAAUGAAAUUAUUAAAUUAUUACAUUGAAUUUUUCAUCGGUACGGAAAAGCCGAAGAAAUCGAAUUACAAAAAUCGGAGAAGUAACUAUAUGUACCGGUGAGCAUUUAUACCUACAAGAACAUGAAAUUAUACGCCUACCAUCUAAAACUAAAAUUAGAUAAGAAAUCUAUAAAGCAACUACAUGUCUAACUAUUGAAGUUUGCCAGCAUACUCAUUAUGACGCCAUGAUGUUUAUAAUAUAUAGAUUUCGGUUAAGGAUUAAGGGAAACCUGACAAUUAGUUAAUCUCAUAUGAAAGCCAGCUUCAAGCCUUUCAUAACGCUGAAAGAAUUUUUAAAAUCGGACCACUAUUGAAAAAGAUAUGGCAGUUUGAAAUUUAAAAAAAAUCUGAUAUGGAGGCAGAAAUUCAAUAAAUCCGCCUUUUUGUUUUUUGUUGCCAUGGAAACAAAAUGGCCGCCAUUUUGAUCAAGUAUUCAAAUGCUCAUAACGUCCUCAUUUUUAAGUCGAUUCUGAAAAUUCUUUCACUUCUUUAAAUGAUUAAAGAAAUCCCAGCAGAUGGAUUUAACAUCAAAGCAACAUUGCCUUUCCCUUUAAAAUCAUUUUAAGGUGAUCAAUUUGAAUUUUGUUGUUUCCGCCGCACUUCUUUAUUACAUGAACACACUAAAUAUCAUCUAUUCUUGAUUCUAUAUAGCAUCGGCACACUUCAAAUGGCUGCAUCAAACACCGAGACACUUUUCAAUAUAUGUUAUCUACAUUUUAUUGAAAAAACAUGAUGAUUGAUUAAUAAAAAAAUGGAUGCCAUGCUUGGCGCAGCAAAAUAUUUUCAGUCAGACAAACAAACUGCAAAAUAUGAGAUCAAUUAUUGAAGUGGUGGUGUAUGAACUAAGUUUCCAUGAUGUUUUUAUAUUGCAUUAUUUCAUGAUGAAAAUGCUUCUAAGGUGCCUAGCAUAAAAUUGUCAUUAGAUUUCAGUAAAAUCAUGGCAAGUUUAAGAGAAAUUGUUCUACAGAGCAAAUCAAUAUUCUGUGUCUAUAAACCUUAUAAGACAAGGAAAAUGCGACGACCAUUGUCGCUGUCGUCUGUUUCAAAGUCGCCCUUAACAGUUCGUUCCUGGGGUAACAAUGGAAACAAUAACCUAAGAUAAACAUGUUUGAUGGUUUCUGAGUGAAGAAAACGCUGUAUGAACAUAUUUGAUUGAUUCUGUGUGGAGAAAACGCUAUAUGAUUAUAUUUCAUCGACCUUGUGUGAAGAAAACAUUGUAUAUUGCUUUCCUCUAAGUUCCUUGAUGAGUUAUUCCAGGAAAUAAUGACACAAACAAGAAACAAACGGUAACCAACCCAGUUAUUCAUUCCGUUCAUCAGACUUACUUUGCGGAUUUGUCCCUAUUAGCUCUUAUCGAAACUUUCUAACUCGAGGGAAAUUUAUAGUCGCAAACAAGGUACUCGUUUAAUGUUUCGAGGUUCAAGUUUUAUGCUCCGAGGUUCAAGUAAAAUUGGUGUUUUCGCUAUAAUUGUAUAUAAAACAUGCUUUUUCUUUCAGAAUACAACUAUUGCUUAUUUUGAAUGUUGUUCAUUUUUAGUUAAUCGCAUUAUCAAUUAUAUCAGUAUGAUGAUUUGUAUGGCAUUAUGGUUUGAUGCAGGUUUUUUUGCUAACUUUAGAAUAAUCAUGAAUAUUUGUAAUUAAUAAUUAACUCCUGUACUGUAGAAUAAGUUAGAGGAAGGAGUUGCCCCUCGUCAUAUAUUUUAUUUUCACCAUAAGCAUAUUAUAACAUGUCAACGAAGAUUGUACAUAACUUAUAGUAUGUGCUUUGAUCGUGACUUUUUUCUAAAAAGUAUUAUAGUAUUUUAAAGUUUUCCUUUUCAAUGUGAAAGUUUUGCUAUCAGAGUAUACUAUGUUUACAUUUAAAGUUAGUAUAUGUUUCGUAUUUAGCUGUUUUCAGUCAUCACAAUUUAUUCCUUUUUCAAUUUUUUAAUUGCUAGUCAUGAUUUAUAGUAUUUGGUAUAUUUAUUUAAAGUUGGAUUCAUCAAAUGAUGCACAGUAUAUAUUCUAGUGUUUAGCCAUUAGCUAACUGUGAAUUAUCGUUAGUGCUAGAUUUGUUUAAGAAUGUUAAUCAGUUACAUGCACCACUAUAUAACUAAACUAUUUGAUUAUAUGUUGUACGCUCAUGAAAUCUUAGAUUAGAUUAUAUUGAUAGCUACACAUGUUGAAUUACACUUAAUAUGUUAAUAUUCAGACAUUUUUGAUAACUGUCAUUAUUUGAUAGGUUUAGUUACCUGAGCUAUAAAUGUUUGUCUUCUGUAGUUAUACAAUGUUGUCAAUUAGAAAUGUUGCGAUUGAUGUAUAUAAUUAUCUAAUUAAUAAUGUAUCUAAUUAAUAUUCCAAAUGUGUUCAACAUAUUGCUAUAAAUUAAGUUAUGCAUGUAAAACUUGAAAAUGUAAUUUUCUAGUUUUUCAUAAUACCCUGAAAUGCCACUCUAAGUUCUCAUUUUUGUGUAUAAUGAAAUAUUUUAAGUUCUAUUGAUGUUUGAAAGAUUUUCGUAUGCAUGUGAAACGUCAACUAAAGCUGUCUGCUCUCCAAUGAAAGUAGUUAUUAUCCGGUGUUCACCAAACUUGAUCACAAGAUUUAUCGGCACUUUAUCUCGACCAAGUUUGGUAAACAGGUGGGUUGUCCCAGACACUCUACAGAUAUGGCCCUUAAAUUACAAAACAACACUUAAAAUUGGCAGUGUCCGGUCUUAAACUAGAGUAGUUCUUAUUCAGUGUUCACCGACUGGGUCACAAUGUUUAUGGCCAAGUUCAAUAGCCAGCUAGAUUGUGUAAGAUAGUCUGGAGUCAUUGACCUUGAGUUAAUAAAGAUUGUCAAUAUUCCCUGUGUCCGCUCCCUAACUUGAGCAGUUUUUGUCCUGUGUUUACCAAACUGGGCCACAGUAUUUAUGGGCAUAAUAUCUCGGUCAAGUUAGAUAACCAGCUGAACUGUCUCAGAGGCUUUGGGGCUAUCGCCAUUGGAUUACUUAAAUUGUGAAAAUUUACAGCGUCCACUCUCUAACGUUAACUUGAGUUGUUAUUACUCCAAGUUCACCAACUGGGUCACAACAUGUAUGGCUAUAUAUCCUGGCCACGUUCGAUAACCAGCUGGAUUGUUCCAGAAGCUCUUGAGUAGUGACCUUUGAAUUAAUAAAAAUUGCCAAAACUGUGUCCGCCCUACAGUUUGAGUAGUAUUUACUAGAUGUUCAUUAGGCUUGGUCACAAUGUUUAUGAGCAUAAUAUAUUGGAUAAAAUCGAUAACCAACCGGAUAAUUCCUGUUAAACUUAGGUUAUGGCCCUUGAAUUAAUUGAAUUUGUAAAACCAUGCUCAUCUAUCAGAAGUUCACCAAAUCCCGAGACGAACCAGGGAGCGUGGUAGACUCUGGUAUACGAGAACGUUAAAAAUAACAGUGUCUACCAGUUUUAAUAACUUAAGUAGUUCUUACUCAAAAGUCAUCAAACUUACUCAGAAUACUUAUGGACAUAUUGUCUUAGCAAAGCUCGAAAAACAGGUUGAUAGUCUUUAUUGCUUUGGAGUUACGGACUUCGAUUUUGACAUGUAGUUUGCUUAAUAAGAAGAAUAUUUCAAAAGUCAAGUGUAAUUUGCUGUGACGGGCGUGUAUUCUGGCAACUUGCCACUGCUGUUUUUUGUGCAUAUUGAAAUUUGUUAUGCGUUCGGCUAAUUAAGAGUUUGUUUUCCUUUUAAUGCAGUACUCCGUUGACGGAUCACUUUAUUAUAAUUAAUCUUUAAAUAUUAUCCCAACCCCAGGAUGAUGGUUCAUUCUUACGUAAGUAGCUGCACUGUUUUAUCCAUUCUUUCCUUAAAAGCCUUUCUUUGUUUUCUCUUUAGGUAUAAAACAAUACAAUUCAUAUUAUACAUCCAGAAAAAAAACUCCAAAGUUGGUUACAGGAACUUUUUAAUUUUCAAAAUAUCUUGAUUAGUUUUGAAUUUAUCUUGAAAAAGUAUUUUGAUCGUAAAUUUUAGCCAUUUUGGUUAUCAAAUGUUUUGACUUAACUUGUAGAUAGAUUUAGGAAAAAAAACUUUCAUCAAAGCAAGAUUACCAUUAUUUGUAAUAUUUCGAUUUUCUUUUUCAAGAUCUUUCAUGGGUCAGAAAUUCACACAUGGAAACAUACAUUUUUGGUCAUAAAAUUAUUAAAGAUAUCAUUAAUAUUAAAAAAUGAUCCUGCAAACACCAAAACAGACCUUUAGAAUAUGUUUUUUAUCUGUGUUGUUUAAAAUAAAGCUGCCAUUCAGGAAAACCUCUGUACUUGUUGAAGAACUGAUGAUUUAUUUCGUGAAAUCUAGCUAAAAGUUACAAUACAUGUAUAUUAUUUUGUUUAUCAAUAACAUUUUCAUACACCACUUCUUGUGUUGAACUUAUUUUGUUGUAAACAGCU